AUGAAGCAAUUGAAUAUUCGAACAACUAAUGGAUCUAUUCAUAAUGGUCAUCUUGAACAUCGUUAUAGACAAAUCCAAAAUCGGGCAGCUGCGGCUAUUGAUGCAUUCAAUGAGGAUGGAGAAUCUUUAGAGAUAGUUGCUCAUCUACAUCGUAUUUCAAUCGAUCAAAUACAAAAAGACUUGUAUGGUGAACCAUCUGAAAUAAAAAAAAGAUUUGGUAUUCAAUCAACUGUUAAGUUAGAGGACACUCUUAAAACAUGUUUAAAAGAAAUAAAUAAAGGAGUAAAUAAAGCUCUAGUAGCUGUUGCAUAUCAUGUACCAUAUAGUCUUAUUUGUACUAUUGAAAAUAACAAUAACAUAAGAGAAGCUGCAACAAAAUUUUUAAUUGAUAUAAGAAAAAAACUAAAUUGUAUAAAUCUAGCAACUAUUGACAAAACGAUUGAUAUUAACGAUUCUUUGAAAAAGUGCACAAAAUCAAAAAUUUUAAAUGAAACAUCAUUACAAGCUAUUGAUGCCCAAGAGAUUACCAUCAAUUCAACUAUAACUUAUGAACAAUAUUUUUCUCAUGCAACUACUGAACAUUUUGCUCAACAAAUCGAACAAUUUUCUUCAAGUUUUACAUUUGGUGAGCAAGGAGAUCCAUCAAAAUUUUUAGUUUUUCUGUUAGAUGGUCUUGCUUCAUGUACAAAAAUUAAUGAAGCUCUUGCUCAUAUGAAUUCAUUUAUUCAACCAAUUCAACAAAUAUUUGGUUUUUACAUAACCUCUAUCAUUGAAUGCAAAAUUUGUUUAAAUCGAUCAGGUGUUGAUACUUGGGAGAGUAUUUUAUCUCUACCCAUCUCUUCUCAUUCAAAUCUUAGUGAAGUUCUUGCAGCAUAUUUCAGCAUUGAAGAAUUACAAGAAGGUGAUUUAUAUGAAUGUUCUAAUUGUGGAAAGAGAGUACCAUCUAAAAAGACGUUAAAGAUUACGAAAGAAUCACCUGUAAUAUUUUUUAAUUUCAAACGAUUUGAUCAUAAUGUAGAACUUAACUCAACUAGUAAAAUCAAUAUGGUUAUAGAUUAUCCGGAAACAAUUACACUUGAUGAUCAUUUUGAUGAACCUACUCGACAAUUAAACAAAGAGAAUGAAGAUUAUAGUUUUAUCUAUACAUUGAAUAGUGUAAUUGUACAUCUAGGUGAAGAUGUGACAAAUGGUCAUAUUUUUGCUUAUGUACGUGCCCCUGAUGGAUAUUGGUAUAAAGCAGAUGAUGAACUAGUGACACCGGUUCAUUUGGAUGCAGUACUUAACAAUAAAGAUGCUUAUAUACUAUGUUAUGUUAAAAUGUCACGGGAUUCAAUAAAUAUUUCGGAUGAUGAGCCGUUGUCAUCUCCAAUACAUUCAUCUUCAAUUUUAAUAUCAUCAACACCAACAAUUUCAAAUAAAUAUUUUGAUAAACAUCAUUUUAUUCAUGAAGAUGUGUGUAUUAUAUUUUUUUUAUUAAUAUUUAUAGUACUUGUAAUAUUUUAUACAGGAAAUCGAGGUAUUGGAAGAAGAAUCCAUUUCUUUGAAUAA